CCCAACUCUCAAGUCAUCAAUCAAGAAUUCAUCAUCUUCUUUAUGAAUCAAGAAUUCAUUAUGGAAGUGAAAAUUUUCAUUCUUUUUCUUAGUUUCUCUGUACCAUUUUCAACAUCCUCUAAAACCAAUAUUCUGAAUCAAGGUUCAUCUCUCUCGCCACCACAAGAUGUCCUUGUUUCAUCACCAAAUGGCAUUUUCACAACUGGAUUUUACCCCAUUGGAGUCAAUGCUUAUGUUUUUGCUAUAUGGUAUAGUAUGCCAAUUUCCAAUGAAAAGCACACCUUAGUUUGGAUAGCCAACAGAGAUCAACCUGUUAAUGAUGGACCCCAAGUCUUGACACCAUGCAGAGUCCAUGGAGUUUGUGGAGAAAACAGUCUGUGUACUUAUGUUCAUAAUCUGUCAGGGAGAAGAUGCGCUUGUUUACCGGGACACAAGAUGAAAAAUGACACAGAUUGGUCCUAUGGAUGUGAAAAAAAUUUCGAGCUGUCUUGUUCGGACAAUAAUUCGAUUGGUUUCUUCCAACUUCAUGAUGCUGAAUUUUAUGGCUAUGACAUUGGAGUAUACUAUAAUGUCACCAUAGAGUCCUGCAAAAAUAUUUGCCUGAGAUACUGUGAUUGCAAAGGAUUUCAGUAUAAAUACUAUGCACAGAGUGGCACUUACAAUUGCUUCCCGAAAACAUUAUUGUUUAACGGAUACCAGUCGUCUUCUUUUAACGAUCCGGCAUACAUAAAAGUACCAAAAUCUAGUCUAACUACUUACAAGAACCAUGUUAGAGAAUUUGAACUCAACUGUAGAGACCGUGUUACUCCAAUUGACGUUGCUUACAAAAGAGAACAUAAGUGGAUUAAGUACUUGCUCUGGUGUGCUGGUGCAGUUGGAGCCAUUGAAAUCAACAUUUUGCUCAUUUGCUUCUUCGCAACCCGGCUGCCCACUAAUGCCACGUCGCAAGGCUAUCUUCAAGUUGGAGUAGGAUUCAAGAGAUUCACCUAUGCCGAGCUCAAGAAGGCAACCCGUGGAUUCAAUGAAGAAAUCGGACGAGGAAGCAGUGGCGUUGUUUACAAAGGCACAUUGUCGGAUAACCGAAUAGCAGCCAUUAAAUGCCUAAGUGAAGCGCGACAAGGAGAAGCUGAAUUCCUCGCUGAAAUAAGCAUAAUCGGCAGACUUAAUCACAUGAAUUUGAUGGAGACAUGGGGUUAUUGCGCUGAAGGUAAGCAUCGGCUUUUGGUUUACGAGUACCUUGAACUCGGAUCUUUAUCAAACUUUUUGUAUGCGAAUAAACUUAAUUGGCAGAAAAGGUUUGAAAUCGCAGUAGGUACUGCAAAAGGUCUUGCCUACUUGCAUGAAGAGUGUUUGGAGUGGGUUUUGCACUGCGAUGUUAAGCCUCAGAACAUACUUUUGGACUCCAAUUUCCAGCCAAAGGUGGCAGAUUUUGGCCUAUCCAAAUUAAAUAACAGAAACAGAAAUGAGAGGUCAACAUUUUCAAGAAUCAGAGGAACCAGAGGGUACAUGGCUCCUGAGUGGGUAUAUAAUCUACCUAUCACGUCAAAAGUUGAUGUAUACAGCUAUGGGAUUGUGUUACUAGAGUUAAUAAAAGGAAGAAACCCAGCAAAUGACAACGAGGAUGGUUUGGUAAAUUGGGUGAGGGGAAAAGUACAAGAUUCUGAGGGAAGAGUUUCAUGGAUUGAGGAAAUUGUGGAUCCUUCCAUGAAUGGAGAAUUUGAGAAAGAUAGGGCAGAAAUUAUGGUUAAAGUGGCAUUGCAAUGUGCAGAGGAAGACAGAAACUCAAGACCUAAAAUGAGCCAGGGAGUUGAUAUGCUUCUUUCUGAACAAGGCGAGUGAUUGAUAGGAAGCGAUUCAAGAUAGUUGAAUAAUUCAUUUUGGAAGUAGAAAUGAUUGUGUGUAAUAAUCUACUAUUAAUGGAAAUAAAGUGUAUUCGUUGCAUAAUUAUUUAAGAUAGCAAUUUUCAGAGGAAA